AGUCACCCAGACUCCCCGAGACAGGCAGGCGGCGCAUGUGUAGCUGGGAGGCCAGGCUGUGCGGAAGUAAAGCGAGCCGUGGCGUGGCCGCGCCCUCGAAGCGUCCUAGUGGGUGGACGACGCAUGCGCGGGCGGCGCGGUCUUAAGGGCGGCCGCGGCCCGGGGCCGCCCAGUCGGCCCGUCAGCCGGCUUCGAGGUGUGUUCCUGCGCUUGCGCGGCGGCGGUGCUGAGCGCGAUGGCGGCGGAGGAGGAGGUGGACUCGGCGGACACCGGUGGAGGGUCAGGAUGGCUAACAGGGUGGCUUCCUACCUGGUGUCCUACGUCUACAUCACACCUUAAAGAAGCUGAAGAGAAAAUGUUAAAAUGUGUCCCCUGCACUUACAAGAAAGAGCCUGUUCGCAUAUCCAAUGGAAACAGAAUAUGGACACUAAUGUUCUCUCACGACAUUUCUAGUAAGACACCACUUGUCCUCCUUCAUGGUUUUGGAGGAGGUCUUGGACUUUGGGCCCUGAAUUUUGAAGAUCUAAGCACCGAUAGGCCUGUCUAUGCCUUUGACCUGCUGGGCUUUGGAAGAAGUAGUAGACCUAGGUUUGACAGUGAUGCGGAAGAAGUGGAGAAUCAGUUUGUGGAAUCCAUUGAAGAGUGGAGAUGUGCCCUCAGGUUGGACAAAAUGAUCUUGCUUGGACACAACCUGGGAGGGUUCUUGGCUGCUGCUUACUCACUGAAAUACCCGUCAAGGGUUAGUCACCUCAUUUUAGUAGAGCCAUGGGGUUUUCCCGAGCGACCAGAUCUUGCUGAUCAAGAGAGACCAAUUCCAGUUUGGAUCAGAGCCCUAGGAGCAGCAUUGACUCCCUUUAACCCCUUGGCUGGCCUCAGGAUUGCAGGACCUUUUGGGUUAAGUCUAGUGCAGCGCUUAAGGCCUGAUUUCAAACGGAAGUACUCCUCUAUGUUUGAGGAUGACACUGUGACAGAGUACAUCUACCACUGUAAUGUACAGACCCCGAGUGGUGAGACAGCUUUCAAAAACAUGACGAUUCCUUAUGGGUGGGCAAAACGGCCGAUGCUUCAGCGGAUAGGAGAUUUGCAUCCUGACAUUCCAGUUUCUGUGAUCUUUGGUGCCCGAUCCUGCAUAGAUGGCAACUCUGGUACCAGCAUCCAGUCACUGCGACCGAAGUCCUAUGUGAAGACAAUAGCUAUCCUGGGGGCAGGGCAUUAUGUGUAUGCAGAUCAGCCAGAAGAGUUCAACCAGAAAGUCAAGGAGAUCUGCCACACGGUAGACUGAGCACACCGAGCUGUGGGAGCACCUGUGACUGACGCCAUUCUUGAGCAAAACCCUACAACCACGGGAAGAGUAAGAAGUACAACUCAAGAACCAGGCAGUCUCCUGGACUGGACUCUUCUGGACUUAGGAAGUCACUUCCACAUUUAAACCAAUUAGUGCCUUCCAGAAGAAUGGCUUUCCUUUCUCCUACACAAAAUUGAAAUACACAAAAGUCUUCCAAUUUAAUAGUAGCCUUAAAUAAAGGUUAUUUGUCCUUCUGA